AUGUUCAUUAUCAAGAUUUAUGAUCAUAAAUUUUAUUAAUAUGAAUAAAAGUUUUAAAAGUUACCCUUCCUUCGCUGCAUUCUAGACAGAGCAGGCCAAAUCAAAUAGUUUGAAAAAAGAUUACUCUAUGUUUAUCAUAACUCAGUUUAUGAUUUGACGGAUUUCAUAGAUAAACAUCCUGGUGGAAGAGGUCCUUUGAAUACAUACAAAGGGAGAGACUUAGAAAAUAUAUUUUUCAAUCCAGCAAUACACAAACAUAGCUAAUCGGCACUGUAUACAAUGGAACGGUAUAAAUGUGGAGUAAUUGAGAACAAACCGAUUUAAUAACAACAAUAAACCAUGUUAGGCUCAAAAUCAACAAAUGUUUCGCAAUCUAUUGUUACGAAUAAAUCCCAGAAAAAUACACCUUAAAAAAAUGAUUCUGAUAAAAAACUUCAAUAAAAAUCACAAUCUGUUAAACCUAAAGCUCAACCACAAGAAGAUAGACUAAAUCAAUCUAUGAGCAAAUUAAAUCAAUCGAUGACAAGCAGUGUUAAAUCUUAAUUUCUACUCAUACCAACAUAAUAAGAAAUACUGAUGAUACAAAAAUAGAAAUAGCAGAAACUGAUUAAAUCGUGGAAGUAAUCUGAAAUUGAAGAAUUGAAGAGACAAUAAGCUGAAGUCGAAUAACUAAGAGUUGAAAAAAAAGAUGAUCGAAAGACUUAAAGUGAAAUAUUAGUCUCACCCCGUAAGAAGUCGACUAACCCCUAUUAUUUAGCAUGGCUUGAGAGAUAAAAUCGAUAGGAGUUACAAAAAUAGGAGGAAUCCACAACUAAUAUCCUCCCGGCUUAUCUCACAUAAUCUAAUGAUCAAAAUAUGAUCAAGCAAGAAGAUACUAAGUAUUAAUCAUAAUCUUAUGAUGUCGAUAAAAAGAGAUAAUACGACUCAAAGCUAUCCUAAUCAGUCAUUAUAGAGAAAACAUAGAAGAAAGUCAAUCCUUACUAUGAAGAAUGGAAGAGAAGAUAAAGCUUAAAAAGCUAAGAUUACUAAAAAGAAUAAGUUUCAUAAGAGAACAACCAACUAUCAAAAUAGCAAUCAAUCAUUAUGGAAGAGAAUGAAUCAUAGAUUUCUGGUUAACCAUCUUCUAUGAAUAAUAGUUUUCAAAGAUCCUACUCAAUGAGUUAAAGAACAAUCAUGCAAGAAGAUCCUUAAUUAAGUGUACCUGUUUUUGCUCCAAAAUUCAUCUCUCCAAUUAAAGCCAAAUUUGUGUUUAGCAUGAAAAAGCUAGAAAGUAGAUGA